GCCACCGCCGCUGCAGUUCCCUCUCGCGAAAUUUGGCCUGAGAACCAGCCCGUCAGCCCCGGAGACCAUUCGUGCGGCCACUCAGCUCUCUGGCCCGAGCCUUUCCGGUGCUGUGCCCCGGAAGCGGAAGUGCGAUCUGUAGUCCGUCGGAGUCUGUGUGUUCCUCGGUGGUCGCGGAAUCCGGGGAAGUCGUUUUCGCUUCACUUUUCCUGGCUCUAGAGCGCUUCCUCCCCAGCGGGUGGGAGUGCAGGGACGAAGGUGCGAGAUGAGCACCAUGUUCGCGGACACUCUACUCAUCGUUUUUAUCUCUGUGUGCACGGCUCUGCUUGCCGAGGGUAUAACCUGGGUCCUGGUGUACAGGACAGACAAAUACAAGAGACUGAAGGCGGAAGUGGAAAAACAGAGUAAAAAAUUGGAAAAGAAGAAGGAAACAAUAACAGAGUCAGCUGGUCGACAACAGAAAAAGAAAAUAGGUAAGAUGAGAUAUUAUAAGAAGCUUGUCAGUCCUCCAAAAAUAACAAUUCUUUGUUUGUUCCUUUUUAGAUUUGAUGGUAGAGUGGUGGCAAAGCUUCCUUUCACCCCCCUUUCUUACAUCCAAGGACUGUCUCAUCGCAACCUGCUGGGAGAUGACACCACAGACUGUUCCUUCAUCUUUCUGUAUAUUCUCUGUACUAUGUCAAUUCGACAGAACAUUCAGAAGAUUCUUGGUCUUGCCCCUUCACGAGCUGCCACCAAGCAGGCAGGUGGAUUUCUUGGCCCUCCACCUCCUUCUGGGAAGUUCUCUUGAACUCACGCAAGAACUCUUUAAUUCCCGUUCUUUUCAGAUACUCACAUCAGACUGGCAACUAUUUUGCAGCAAGAGCCAUAGGCAGCCUUAGCACUUGGGCCACUUUCUAGUUUUGAGUUAUUUCUAGGCCUUUUGAAUAUGAUUAGAAUGAAAAUGGCACCCAACAAAUAUAAUAGUGCUUUUGGUCAUAGAUGAAUUUUUUUUAAAUAAAUGGGUUGAUUAGUUAAGUUCAGGUGAUGUUUUUGUAAUGAGCAACAAAUAGCAUCUUUCUCGUUUUACUUACAUAAAUAUUUUCUGCGGGACCGACUGUCAAGGCUGUUGUGUGUACCAUGGAAGCUGGCUUUCUAUGAACAUUUAGAUAGCUAGAAGAAAAAUUUUGUUUGUAUAACUCUUAAUUGGAACUAUUGGGUUGUUUUUUUUCAAGCCAAAUAAUGACUUGAGAUCAAUAAAGCGGCCAAAUUUUUAGCUAUUUUAUCUACAAGGA